AACAGGGCUAAAGAUUCCAUCUUGUUCUUGGGCUUUUUACACCUCCCAUCUUUGGACUCAAAUUCUAUAAAAAUAGUGUAGAUACAUACAAGUCCUUGUAUGUAUAUAUUGAUAUCAUCACAAAUCAAAUUAAUCAGUGCCUUGAAAAUUACCCAAUUCAAUCAAAGUCAACUCAUGCCAGGGGAGAUCUAUUCAACUCUAAAGCGAAGAAACUGGGUGCAAAGCUUUGAUAUGCUUGUAUUUUGACCUGCCCACAAAGCUUAUUUACACACCCCUUAUAAAUUUUGUACAUAAAGAUUCAAUCUUUUUAUAUUUUGAGCUUAAAGAUUCAAUCUUUUUUGCAUUUUGGGCAUAAAGAUUCAAUCUUUUUUGGGUUUUGAGCAUAAAGAUUCAAUCUUUUUAGGAUUCCCGACAUGGGUUUAGUUGAUUUGUUGGGGUCUUUUGAUUGGGAGCAAGAAUCUUACCCUCAGUAUGAAGAUUUUGUUGUUCUUCCCUUGUUUGCCUUGUUCUUUCCCACUGUUCGAUUCUUUCUUGACAGAUUUGUGUUUGAGAGAGUUGGAAGAUAUUUGAUAUUUGGAAAGGGACAACAGAAUAUAGCCAUAGAGACAGAUGAGAGGAGAAAGAAAAUACAUAAGUUCAAGGAGUCAGCUUGGAAAUGCAUCUAUUAUCUUUCAGCAGAGGUUCUAGCUCUUGCUGUAACCUAUGAUGAGCCUUGGUUCACUAACACUAGCAAUUUUUGGACAGGCCCUGGUGAUCAAGUAUGGCCAGAGUUAAAAACAAAGUUGAAACUGAAAGGUCUUUAUAUGUAUACUGGCGGAUUCUAUACCUACUCUAUAUUUGCGCUGAUAUUCUGGGAAACAAGGCGUUCUGACUUUGGGGUUUCAAUGGGUCAUCACGUAGCAACUGCCAUACUCAUCAUAUUGUCUUAUAUAUUCAGAUUUGCUCGUGUUGGGUCUGUUGUUUUGGCUCUACAUGAUGCUAGUGAUGUGUUCCUGGAAGUAGGGAAAAUGUCCAAAUACAGUGGUGCAGAGGCACUUGCUAGCUUUGCAUUUAUUCUGUUUGUUCUAUCGUGGGUUCUACUUCGCCUCAUUUAUUAUCCAUUUUGGAUUCUCUGGAGUACAAGUUACGAAGUCCUCAGAACACUGGACAAAGCAAAACAUAGAGCUGAAGGACCAAUUUAUUACUAUGUUUUCAACACUCUGCUCUAUUGCUUGCUUGUCCUUCACAUUUACUGGUGGGUGUUAAUGUAUAGGAUGCUUGUCAAACAAAUCCAAGCAAGAGGCCAACUUAGCGAUGAUGUUCGAUCAGAUUCGGAAGAUGAAAACGAACACGAAGAUUGAAAAUAUUUCAGGACUCGAUAUAUGGCAGAAGAUGGUAGAAUUAAGAAUUAUACUUGAAGUGUUCAUUAAAACACUUGUCACAAGUAGUUUCCUUAUAACUGGAGGAACAAUGUAUAUUUAUUUGAGAGCAGCUGUGUGGAAGCACGUCAAGGACGGGAUGCUUGGAGCAUUUCUGGUAAGCGGGGAAGGUUUGGUUCGCUGAGGAAGCAAGCCAAAGGUUUAUUUGAGGUCAUGGCAUUUUUAAUCCAUUUAUCGAUGUGUUUAGGGUUCUUUUUUAAAGAUUUGAUACUGAAGUUUUAUCAGCUGGAACGCUCCUGAUGAAACCUAUUGUAACCCGUGUGUUUAACCAAGCUCUUAGUGCUGUCCGACUGUUGUCUUGCUUCCACUCUGAUUAAAUUCAUACGAGAAAGGCCUUUGAAUUGUAGAAA